AUGGCGCCUCUCCCCAAGCCCAAGCGGACCACCAAAACGUCGCAAAAGCUCGUCGUGCUACCGUCUGCGCCGCAGACUAAACCGCUGCUUGAUGAAGAACCUGAGACGUCGGAUGAGGAGGCCUUACCUCGGGUUGCUAUCACCAGGAGUCGCUUGCCGCACCCGUUACCGCCUAGGGUGCCGACGAAAGGGAGGAUUGAACGUGCUCAUAUGGAACGAGCGGCGCGGGGGACGGAGGAAGUUGGGAGUGAGGAGGAGGGCAAGGGUCGCGCCGUCGAAGAACCCCGCCCUAUGAAGCGCGUUCGGGAGUACAAGAGUGCUGCUGAACGUAUGACCAAGGAGGAGAGGAAGAAAGCCGGUCUCAAGCGUAUCACCGCGUACUGUGUUGCUGAAGGGCUCAGGAUGAAGUCGUUGGCUGGGUUCUUGAAACGGGAGCAUAACGUUCAGCCACGGAUAUUUGACGAGGCGCUCUAUGCUAUGUACCACCUGCCUCUUCUCCCUGGAUAUGGUCCUCAAAUUAACGUCCGCUCAGGAGCUGCACCUUCCAUACUGAAAGAGUCCAGCCCUCUCAACCGUCAGAAGGACCUCUUGGGAGCGUUGGAAGAAACCGAAGAAGACGGCUACCACGAUCCUUAUUUCCAAUCUCAACAGCAUGGGUCCAACUUGGAAAUGCACCAUUCGGAACGCCCUCUACAUUCCCUGUCCGACACCCAGCUAAUUACGACAGACGCCACGGAUGGACCUGGAGAUCUCGGGUCUACGUUACCUGGUCUUGUUCGUCCUGCGUCUGUGGAGGAAGUCAGAGGUGCGGACGGCUAUGUCACGAGCGACUCCUUCGCACCAGUGGAUCCCAGCAGCUACGAAUCAACCGCUCAUCUCGAAGCGGAGAUGCUGAAGAAACAAUCCUCUUCCCGUUUCGACCAGUCCGCCUCCACCUUCCAGCCCGAAUACAACCCAUAUCCAUCCUCAAGCGAGGCAUCAUCGCCCAAGACCCUACGAGAAUUAUCCGGACCAUUCCAUUCCGAGCUUGGAGGAGGAGGAGAGAACGUCACGCAAGUGAUACUUCCGACCUCCGAGUCGUUCGUAGAGGCCGCCGCUGCCAGCCGAGGGCAGCUAGACGACCAUCUUGAAGGUGAUCGGUCAAUAGCUGCUUCGGAUGAGACUUCGUUGCACAAUCCAACGGUUGACACGAGUCUUAGCAGUAGUGCCCUAGACUCUGGCCUCGAGACUGACGACCCCGGUGCGUUCACUGAUCCUGGCGUCUAUGGCCCAUGGCCUAGGAACCCGAAAUCAGGAUUGUCGUCGUCCAAUGAGGAAAGAGGCUCGCGUCUCAACAUGGCCGCUACCACCUCAACGGGAACACAGACGGACACGGAUGGAGCAACGACUGAAGCGGAUGGCGAGGACAGCGGACAACUACACGGAGAUCGCCCAGUUACAGAGUCGACGCUCACAGAGACGGGCUCGGUCACUGCGGGGCAGGCCACGAGCGAUCUGCUACGGCCUCUCCAGAAGGAUGGGAGCGGGAGUGGGAGUGAUGUGACCGCAACCGCGGUCCUCGCCAAGAGCGAUGGCCAGUCGCCCGAGUCGACCCAGGUGCACACUAGUAACAACGUCACGGCCGUGAAUAGCUCUAGCAGUGGCGACAACUCGCAGACUGCAGAUAAACACGGGGGUGUUUUGUCGGCUUAUGAAACCCAGAUGGCGUACGAUAGGGAGAGGGAAGACGCGGAGUACCAGUUUGAGCAGGAGAGGGAGCGGGCGCGGCAGUUGGAAUACGAGCGUGCUUUGGAGAGGGAACGUGAAAGGGAGCGGGAGAGGGAGUUGGAUAAUGUGGCGGAGGUGGUGUUCUUUGAGUAUGGUGUGGUUGUUUUCUUUGGGCUGGAUGAGCGGGGUGAGAGGGAUAUUCUGGAUGACCUUGAACAAGCGGGCGCUUAUCGGCGCUUGAUGAAAGAAGAUGAUUGGGAGAUUGAGGAAUGUCAUUUUGCGCACGACCCUCAGAUCGCGUAUCCGCGUAUUUACAAUGACUUUUUCACACUCAAAUCCCGUUCUCACCUCCUAAAACUCGCCAUCGCACACGGUCUAGCACAAUCCACCCUUCUCGCGCGAUACGAAGCCGUCACAGCCGAAACCCUCACUUCCCCAAUGGCCCUCUCUAUCCCCCGCCAAAUGGCUGAAUCAGGCUCCCUCCAACUGCGGCGCCACGACGCUCUCAAACUGACAGGCCGCCUCUUCAAACUACGACGCGACGUCAACUUGGUCUCGAACGUCCUUGAUAUCCCCGAGCUGUUCUGGAGCGAGUCGAGUUUGAAGGAGCUUUAUGAUGCUGUGAGAGAUUAUAUGGAGAUUGACCCGCGGGUUGACAAUCUGAAUGAGAGGCUUGGUGUUGCGAGUGAUUUCGUGAGUACCUACCUCCUUUUGCCAUGUAUCUUUCUUUCUACUCUUUCUACAUCUUGA